AUGGAUAAGACGCUAGUAUCCGUCCUCAAGAAGGCCCACGAUCCAUCGAUGAUUGACUACAUCGCGCAAAACCUGAACUACAUGGGUUUGAACCAAUUUUUCUCUUUUCACAAAGCAAUCGGAGCAGAGUUCUAUGUUCAACAACUGCUCGAUAUAGCUGACGAAUAUAAAGAUCAUACGCUCUACAAAGCUAUCAAGGAACGUCUUAUGGGGCCUUUGGAAAAGAAAGCGGGUGAUUUCUUCUACAAGAUUGCUUGCCAUAUCCGAAACUCAAGAGAGAAGAAUUUUGAGCCUUAUCAUCAGUACUCGUUCGACUACAAUGCCACAAAGAAAGCAACGCUUGUUGCAAAAAUCAUGUGUCGCACCAUGGAUUCGUCGUAUUGUGAGGAAUGUCGUGCUUACAAAAAGUGGGUUGGUAAACAUGCAACGGAGAUGUCAGGAUCUUUCGUACGGUACAAUUAUGAUGGUUGCACUUAUGAAGCGAACUCAACCAUUUCCGGUCCAGGUUUUGUUCGCUGUUUUUUCUUGAAAGUUACCUUACCAAUUGGGAUCUCGAAAAAAAUCGGUGAAAAGGAUUUGGAUAUUUUGAUGAUGACAGCGGAUAUGCUUGAAACUGGCGAGAGCUUUCGAAAUUUCAAUUUGGAAGAGAUGUUUCAAAUAAUGCAACAACAGCAGAAACUCAAGGAAUUGGCCGAGGAAAUUGAUGAAAAAGCUCGCUCGUUGAUGCUUAGCGAGCAACAAGGCUCGGCAACUGCUGCACCGAAGCAAAGGAAACCACGACAUCGCACGCCAGAAGGUCAGAUCGAAUUCGAAUCGGAAACUCCAAUCAUUCGUUGUCGAUCGGGCAUGAUUCCGUCCUCAUUUUUCAUGCCCACAACUGCUUCGUUUACCAAGUUCUUGCAUCAUCGUUACCCCAACGAGUUGAAUGUGGUUCUAAAUGAACAAUGGGACUCUGAGCGGACUACAAAAGUUUGGGAGUACAUAAAGCAGGUGAUGUUUGAUCAAAUUCGCUAUUUCACCAACGAACUCCGGGGACUCGAAGGGGCCGAAUAUGACCAAAUGAUCCAACGACUUUGGAUGGAUCUUUCUGAGCAUGGGCGAACAUGUGUGGAGACUUUCUUGAUAGUAUGUGAGCAGCAGAAAGCUGAAAAGAAUUUGCUGCCAAGGCGUGACUUGCGAAAGAUUUUUAUUGAAAGUGGACUUCUGACAAAAUCUGAAUGGCGCAAAGUUGACACGGAUCUUCUGGAAGAUUUCGAAUAUGCUCUGAUAAAAAUGUUUAUUGGAGACAUGAGCUCUUUGGAUGACCUGUCGAUUCCUUUAUACAACAUGGUACAAUCUGGACGAGGUCGAAGACACGUGACUGAUCAACCAGAAACUUCGAGUGGGGUGACAUCACAACGUCGUUAUUCUUCCAUUUACGACAACCAUCGUGACAGUGAUGCAUCGAGUACUUCAUCUCGUCACGAGGAAAACGACCAUUCUCCAUGCUGGUGCCCACAUUGUCCCUCCGAUCAACGUCGCAAGGGAAGCGCUCUCGCUAAGGCAAUCAACAAGAGGAAGACUCGCAGGAAU